AGAGAACUGGAAGGAAAGGCGGCCAAAGGAGGUGUUGGCUUUGGGGAUGACCAGUGAGAUAUACGAGGCGACUGUAGUGACUGCUGGACGCCUGUAGUGACUAGCAUUAUGGGAUGUGGCACCUCCGUCACCACCAACAACAAGGGGAGGAGACUGACGACAGACGAGAUGGCCAAGAACACUCCCAGCCCUGCACUGGCUAUGAAGGCAGCCAUCCUGAUCCAGCGCUGGUACAGACGUUACAUAGCCAGGUUAGAGAUGAGACAGCGAUACACCUGGAACAUCUUCCAGUCUAUAGAGUUUGCUGGGGAGCAGGACCAGCUACAGCUCUCCAGUUUCUUCAGUUUCAUGCUGGACAACUUCACUCAACCAAUGGGAAUGGUCCAGCUGGGCCUGCCUGUACACGUACAGACCAACACCUUCUGCAGAUAA